AUGUCAGCCUGCGUCACGCACGGAAUCAGUCCCAAGAACGGCCAGCCUCUGCCGGAUUUAUUGUACGCGACCAUUGAUGAUCUCCAAUCCGGUCUUGCGGCCGGCACAUUCACUAGUGUGGAUCUUGUAAAGGCAUACUUGGCUCGUAUCGACGAGGUCAACCCUGUUUUGCAUGCGGUUAUUGAGACCAACCCCGAUGCUAUUUCUAUUGCAGCAUCCCUAGACGCUGAAAGAGCGAAUGGAUCCACGAAAGGAAUGUUGCAUGGUAUUCCAAUAUGCAUCAAGGACAACAUUGCGACACUGGAUAAGAUGAAUAACACCGCCGGCUCGUUUGCCCUCCUCGGUGCGAUCCCACCAAGCGAUUCUACGAUUGCGGCGAGGCUCAGAGCUGCGGGAGCCAUCAUCAUCGGGAAGUGCAAUCUCUCUCAAUGGGCCAAUUACCGUUCUUCAAACUCGACGAAUGGCUGGACGUCUCGCGGUGGCCAGACCAUGGGCGCUUACUACCCGAUGCAGGACCCGUCUGGUUCUAGCAGCGGUCCUGGUGUUGUUUCGUCCAUUGGUUUGGCCGCUGCUGCUAUUGGGACGGAGACCUCUGGUUCUAUCAUCUCUCCUGCGAGCAGAAAUAGUCUAACUGGAAUUAAGCCUUCUGUCGGGUUGACCAGCAGAUACCUCGUAGUCCCGAUCUCGCAGACUCAAGAUACCAUCGGUCCCAUGACACGAACGAUGGUGGAUGCAGCAUACAUCCUCUCCGUGAUCGCAGGACAGGACUCUCACGACAACUAUACAUCUGCUAUUCCAUUCGAAACCGUUCCCAAUUACGCGGCCGAGUGUAACAGCAAAGGUCUGCGAGGUGCCAAGAUUGGCAUCCCACGCAACGCCAUCACGGUGUCUUCAACCAAUGGCCCUGAAAUCACAGCAUUUAAUGCAUCAAUCAACAUUUUCAAGCAACUUGGUGCUACGAUAGUGGAUAAUGCUGAUUUCCCGGACCUUGCUGGAUACAUGAACUUUACUGGGGCGAGUUACACCUCGUCCCCGGUUGUCGGUGCUGAUUUUGUCGCUGAUGUUGCAAACUACUUCAACGAAAUGACGACCAACCCCAACGGCAUCAAAAACAUCCAUCAGCUCAUCAACUUCACGGAGACAUAUGCCCCAGAGGACUACCCCGACCGUAACGUUGCAAGCUGGGUUAAUGCUGCAAGUCUCAAUGUCACAAUGGGAGAUGCCAACUAUUAUGCUGCGCUACUUCAACAAUAUUAUUACGGAUCCAACGCCACAAUCCUCGGUGCUUUGGAAAAAUACGACCUUGAUGCUCUGAUUAUUCCAAGCUCAAUGUCACCAGGUUAUGCUGCCAUUGCUGGCUACCCCAUCGUUACCGUCCCACUUGGCUACUACCCCGCCACUACGAACGUAACCUACAACGCGCGCGGCACACUGGUGUCUCUGGGGCCAAACUUCCCCUUUGGUCUGUCAUUCUAUGGUAGGCGGUUCAGCGAGGCCAGCCUGGUCAAGUAUGCUUGCGCUUUCGAGUCCGCUACUCAGUACCGCCAAUUGCGGAACCCCUACGUCAUCCCCAACAUUCAGCUUAUCGAUGUGAUGUAA